AUGUGGAAGCUUAUACUUUCGGAAGGUGACGAUGAACCAUGGCUUAAAAGCGUAAAUAAUCAUAUUGGAAGACAAUAUUGGGAGUUCGAUCCUCAUCUUGGAACACCUGAAGAACGAGCUCAAGUUGAAAAGCUUCGGUUGGACUUCCACAAGAGCCGUUUUGAACAAAAACAUAGUUCUGAUCUCCUAAUGAGAAUCCAGUUUGGAAAGGAGAAUCCAUGUGAGUUGCAAUUACCACAGAUGAAGGUAGGAAGUGAAGCAGAAAUAACAGAGGAAACAGCGGCCACCACAUUGAGAAGGGCCUUGAGAUUUUACUCAACUCUCCAGGCAGAGGAUGGACACUGGCCUGGUGAUUAUGGUGGCCCUUUAUUCCUUCUACCUGGCUUGAUUAAAUGGGAAUUGGCUAGAAAUCAAUGUGCUAAG